AUGGCAGGCCAAACGGGUCCAAUCCAUGUAUCGCGGGCGAUUGCCAUGGUGAUGGCAGCACUAUUCGCUCUAGCCUGCUACAAUGUCGUCGAAAUCCUCAUAUCAACCUUCACAACUUUCCGCCGCCGACACGGGCUAUACUUCUGGAGUAUACUAGUCUGUUCAUUUGGGAUCCUCCUCCACGCUAUCUCGGGUUUCCUUCGCUAUUUCGCACUCGCACCAAACUUCCUUAUGUCCGUCCUGAUCUGUAUCGGGUGGUAUGCAAUGGUCACUGGCCAAUCGGUGGUACUAUACUCUCGACUACACCUUGUGUCUACGCACUGCGAGUAUUUUCGUUACGUGUUGUGGAUGAUCAUAAUCAAUGCCUGCAUCUUUCAUAUCCCGACUACAAUACUGUUUCUGGGAAGCAAUCAUGGUGUUGACAGUUUUGUCACACCAUUCAAUAUUUAUGAACGGAUUCAAUUGACGGGAUUCUCGAUUCAGGAGACUAUUAUCAGCGCUCUUUAUAUCUGGGAGACAGUCACAGGACUGAGGCCUAUUUUGCUGCUGAAAGGCCUCCAAGGUAGAAGAGUUAUUUUGAAUCUUGUUCUUGUCAACUCUAUCGCUAUACUACUUGAUGCUUCACUUUUAGCACUUGAGUAUAGCGAUCACUUUGAUAUUCAGACGUCUUAUAAGCCGUUAGUGUACAGCAUCAAGCUGAAGAUGGAGUUCACGGUGCUGAAUAGUCUUGUCGCUGUUAUUAACAGCAGCCCGACGACUAUUGAAGAGAUUCAAGGAUCACGGUAUGAUAACUUGAAUAUACAGCCGAGGUGGAGUGGUGAUCACUCUACGCCUGGUUCUAUCAACGUUGCCACCGAGACGUUUGGCCAGUGUGAUCGCAGGAAAGGGUGCUCCACCAACGUGCCCUGUUCUCCCGAUUCAAGAACCUCAGAUUAUCCCAUGUUAUCUGUUAAGUCGGGUGUAUCAUAA